AUGGGAAAAGGAGAUCUCCUCUGUGACGGUGAUUUUAUUGACAAAAUUGAUCUCCUCGGUGAAGGUGGGUUAACACCUGUGCACCAACACAAGAUGGAUGAUUUGAAUGGCGAGGUGCGUAUGCCGCAAUCUAGCCAUGAGAGGAACCCGAUCGAGGUCUGUUUUGACCAUUCCGAUGUGGAUUUCGCCUACAAGAAUGCUGUAGAGAACAGUGCCGUGCUAGUUAGUGAGCCCGAGGAGAAGGAAUGGGGACAAAAGCUAAUGUACGUUCAAGAUAUUGACGGGAUUGUGGUGAGGAUGGGGAGCUUAAUUUUUUAA